AUGCUUGCGGCCUUGUUUCUCGUAUCCGCCAUCCACCUUUGUCCAGUCCCUCUCAACUGUGUCGAUCUUGUUUCCAUGGCUGUCUCUAUAGUACAGUGUGUUUCUGAAAGUGUUCUUUUCAAUCGUGACUCGUACAGUAUGCGCUUGGCUUCGCCUCCCAUUUUGAGGCGUUUAGCUUCAAAGUCGGGAGCAUCAGGGUCUUCUUGUAAACCGGGAUCUACCUGUCGUGUAGUAUCGGUUUCAGGCGGACCGCGUGUUUCUGAGGAAUGCCCCGCCGAUAGGACUCGAGUCGGGAUUAAUAUGACUGGAUGUCGUCCUCGUGGACAGCAGGUAGCAUUGGUAGUUCACGCUGCAUGGGCGAACCCAGGGCGUUCCCGGCGCUCCGUUCAAUCGUGGCAUUCUCGCGAGUAG